UGAAGGAAGUACAAAUAAAUUAUCUGCUAAACCUCAAACCCUAACCUAUUCCGUAUUUACAUUAGCAUUCACUUUUCUCAGAGGAAACCCUAAUUUAGUCUUUUGUUGUUGCCGCAGCUUCCGUGUUCAACACCAUGAUGUGUCGCAAACUAUUUGUUGUUGCAGCAGCUGCCAUGAACUCCAAUUUAUGCUGCAAACUGUUUUGUAUACACCCAUUCCAUUUUCGCAAUGUUUUCUCAACGGAAGCUCAAUCGCAGACCCUCUUUUCACACUUCGCCUCCUCCAAACUUAACAUGUCUGAGGCCGACAUCACUCGGAUUUUCAAGUUGGCCCCCAAAUUGCAGAAUCUUCAAACUCUUAACAACGUAGAGCAGUACGUUCAUUCGUUUAGAAAGCGCGGCUUCACUGAAGACCAAAUUGCCAACAUAAUAAGGCUACAGCCCCGGCUUGUGGGAAUUGCAGAAGGAAUAUUGGAACCUAGGAUUAAAUUACUGGAAGAUUUGGGUUUUGCGGAUCGAAAUCUGGCCAAAUUUUUGAGGAACAAUCCCAGCAUCUUGAGCUUAAGCCUCAAGAACGAUCUUCUUCCCAAGAUGGAGUUUCUGAAGAAUGUAUUUCAGUCCCAGGAUAUACUCAUCAAAGCCCUGUUAAGAGCACCACGACUUCUCAGUGCUAGCCUGGAGAAGACCCUGAAGCCCUCGCUUGCUUUCUGGGAAGGAUGGGGCUUUUCUGGGACGAAGCUAUUGAGUUUCUUACAGGUAAACCCUGCCGCUCUCACACGCACGUCUCUGACACCUGCUCAAGUGGAUAUCAUUCACAAGAUUGGCGGUGACAAAGAAAGCUUAAUGUUCAAAUAUAUUGUAAGUACGGUGGCUAUUCACCGCGCGGAAACGCUAGAGGUCAAGAUAGAGAACCUCAAACUCUGCGGGUUCUCGGCUGAAGAAAUCUGGCAACUAUUUGGAGCUUACCCUCUAGUAUUUAAUCUCUCCAAGGAAAAUGUAAUGAAAAAAAUGAACUUUCUAGUUAAUAACGUGGAACUCCCUGCAAAUUAUGUAGUGAAGCACCCUAGGAUAUUAACAGUCAGUUUGGAGAAGACUUUGAGACCCAGGUUUCUGGUUUGGCAGAAAAUCAAAUCCAGCAAUGACUUCAAUUUUGCUUUUUUCACGGUAUUGUUGAUGACAGAGGCAAGGUUUGUUAGCAAGAUUAUAAGAGGGCAUCCUGAAUCUAAAACAUUGUGGACAAUUUAUGAAAAUGCCAUCUCUAGUGCCUCCAAGCGCACAAAGAGCUCAACAAAAACAUAAUUGUGGAUGGAGAAAGUGAGAGUCAGGGUUCAAAAACCACAACAAAUUAACUGAUCGAGUUCUUGGCAGAACGGAGGCGAGCGCUACCAAUCUAGUCGCUCUUCAAGCAAGGUGGGUCAGAUUACACUAGGAGUCCUUGCUGGCAUUGUAAGAUCAGCCUAGGGCAGAAAUAUGACACUCAGCAAUCAAAAAUGAAAUUAUGUCUGGUCUGACCUUGGCAGAGCUGUAUGUAGAGAUCAGGUCGAAAUUCAGACACCUGCGGCUGCUAACUGUCUGUGGCUCUCCCCGUUUUAGUCUUCCAUUGGGCCUGCACCAAGGCUGGAGCAACAGAUCUCACUUGUUUGGCCAAAUUGCUUGGAAGAGCACCUCCGGGUGACACUAGAUUUGUCACUGUUGGACGGGUUCCUCCAGGGGGCUGAUCAUUGAACUGGCAAAUGCCCUAGCUGCUGUGAUGUCUGCAAAAGAUUUGCUGUUGAUCUCAAACUGUUGGAGGAGGUAUGAAUUUCCAAGAUGGCGUCACAGUAUGAUGAUCCCGCAAAUAAAGAUUGUUGUUCAAUCUUUACUCUGCCCUGUAUUAGGCAGAAUACUCAAUUCACUACAUCCAGUGAAAAAGGUAAUUAAGAGAGGGUAAGGUUUUAAUGAUUAAUGUUACUAUCCUUGGGGAUAAAAUUAAAUUUGUGAUAAUCUUGCACCUUUUCUUGAUGUUCAGUAUUCUAAUGUCAUACUGAAUAUAUGCAAUAGAAA